AUGACAACCAAUGACAAACAGAUUGACUUCUUAGAUGUCCGUCUGUACAAAGAAGAUGGCAAAAUAGCCUAUACUUUAUUCAACAAACCAACAGACAGGAACACCCUCCUGCAUGCUGAAAGUCAUCAUCCGAAACAUCUCAUUAACUCACUCCCACAGUCACAAUUUAUGAGAGUAAUACGUAACAAUUCCAAUAUGGCAAACACCCAACUCCAAUUACAAGAUAUGUGGGAUAAAUUCCUUGCACGGGGUUAUAAACACAGGGAUUUGUCCAAGGCAUUGGACAGAUGUUACGAAAUGCCGUUACAGAUUACAGCCACAACAGUAUCAACAGAAAGAUUGGUAUUCCCAACAACAUAUACCACCAUAUCUAACGAGAUUAAACAAUCAGUGGACCGCAACUGGCGAAUCCUACAGAAUGAUACCAGUUUGCCACCCCAAUUCAAACAGCGCCCAAUGAUGUGCUACCGGAGGGGCAGCAACUUGAGGGAUCUAUUG